CACACAUGGAGCGUCCGCUGCCGCUGUGUGACAGAAUGGAGAGGAAGAUGGAGGAAAACACAGCUAGAGACGUCGAGACUGGCAGUGAAGCGGGGGCAGAGGACGCCUUGGUGGGGAACGUAAACAAACUGAUCGUGACUCCGCCAGGUUACUCUGGAGCGCCGCGGAAAGGACAUCUGCUGUUUGAUGCUUGCUUUGAGAGUGGGAACCUCGGUCGUGUUGACUACAUCAGUGAGUUUGAGUUUGAUCUCUUCAUCCGACCCGACACCUGCAACCCCCGCUUCAGAGUGUGGUUCAACUUCACCGUGGAGAACGUCCGCGAGACACAG